GCCGCCUGUCAAUCAGACGGAGGAGGGCAGCAGCCAGGCAGGCAGGCCGGGAGGCAGGAGGAGGCGGCGGCCCAGAAGGGCCCUCCAUGGCUGCCGCCGCCGCCGCCGCCCGCUCGCCGGCCAAGGUGCUGGGGCUGCCGGACGGCGGGGACCGCGAGGAGAACCUGCGGAUAGUGAGGUUGAAGGUUAUUGCUGGGAUCAGCCUUGCCAAGAAGGAUCUCCUAGGAGCCAGUGAUCCCUACGUGAAAGUGACCGUGUACGAUUCAGCGGAUGGCAUCCUUACCAGUGUGCAGACAAAAACCGUUAAAAAGACACUGAAUCCAAAAUGGAAUGAAGAGUUUUUAUUUAGAGUCAAUCCUCAGAAACAUCGGUUUCUCUUUGAAGUCUUUGAUGAAAACCGCUUGACGAGAGACGACUUUCUGGGUCAAGUCGAUGUGCCUCUCUGUCAGUUGUCGACAGAGAAUCCCACCACGGAGAGGCCAUAUACAUUUAAGGAUUUUGUGCUUCAUCCCAGGAGUCCUAAAUCCAGAGUGAAAGGGCACCUCCGGUUAAAAAUGACGUACAUCCCUAAAAGCAACGGAUCCGAAGAUGACGGCACAGAGCAGGCCGAAGAGCUCGAGCCGGGCUGGAUUAUCUUGGACCAGCUGGAGGUUCCGUGCCAGUUGCAGGAGGCUUCUCUGCCCGCCGGCUGGGAAGAGAGGCAGGACGUGCUUGGCAGGACCUACUACGUCCACCAUGAAACGAGAAGGACCCAGUGGAAGAGACCAACGGCUCAGGACAACAGACCCAAUGCAGAGAGCAGCAAUCUCCAGCUGGAAGUGGAGCACGCCUUUGCUAGUCGCCAUCAAAUAACCGAGGAAGCGGAGAACCUCGACAGCAGAGAAUCCCCUGAGAGCUGGGAGAUCAUCACAGAAGAUGAAGCCACGAUGUACAGCAACCAGAGCCCCCAAGCGGCCAGGCAGCAGGGCAGUUCGGGUGCUGAGGCCUGCCUUGCCGAAGAGCUGAAUGCUCAGCUGACCACCUCCGAGAGGCCAGCGGCUGGCCAGGCGGCUUCCUCCUGCACUAGUGAUUCCAGCAGCAGCAGCAGCCUGCAGACGUAUCGGGUGGAGGAACAUCCAGUGUUUCCUGUGUUGCUGCCGACUUCCACUGGGCUGCCUCCAGGCUGGGAAGUCAGGAAUGAUGAGAAAGGGAGGCCUUAUUACAUCGACCACAAUUCCCAGACGACCACCUGGAAGAAGCCUGCUCUCCAGGCUGGAGCAGAUGCGGGCCCGCAGGCCACGGCUCCCACCAGGCAGCUCUCGGCCCCUGAGGACUCGCGGCAGCCGGCGGCCUCCAAGAGGGAUCCCGAAUUUCUCCCCAAAGGCUGGGAAGUGCGACAUGCCCCGAGUGGGAGGCCUUUCUUCAUUGACCACAACAGCAAAACGACAACUUGGGACGAUCCCCGGCUGAAAAUUCCGCCUCCCAUGAGAAGGAAGACCUCCUUAGACCCUGCAGACCUGGGCCCGUUACCACCUGGCUGGGAAGAGAGACUGCACACCGAUGGAAGAACAUUCUACAUAAACCACCACACCAAGAAAACUCAGUGGGAAGAUCCGCGCUUGCAGAACGUUGCAAUAACCGGACCAGCGGUGCCUUAUUCCAGAGAUUACAAAAGGAAGUAUGAAUUCUUCAGGAAGAAGUUGAAAAAACAAAGUGAAAUUCCCAAUAAGUUUGAAAUGAAACUUCACCGUGCCACAAUCCUUGAAGACUCCUACAGAAGAAUUAUUGCUGUAAAGAAGCCGGAGUACCUCAAAGCCCGACUCUGGAUUGAGUUUGAUCAUGAGAAGGGGCUAGACUAUGGAGGGGUCGCCAGGGAGUGGUUCUUCUACCUCUCCAAGGAAAUGUUUAAUCCUUACUAUGGGCUGUUUGAGUAUUCUGCCACGGAUAACUACACUCUGCAGAUCAAUCCAAAUUCAGGGCUCUGCAAUGAAGACCAUCUCUCGUACUUCAAGUUCAUUGGCCGUGUGGCUGGGAUGGCUGUCUAUCACGGGAAGCUCUUGGACGGGUUUUUUAUUCGCCCUUUUUACAAGAUGAUGCUUCAGAAGCCCAUCACACUUCACGACAUGGAAUCUGUGGACAGCGAAUACUACAGUUCUCUGAAGUGGAUUCUGGAGAAUGAUCCCACCGAACUGGACCUUCGCUUCACGGUUGAUGAAGAACUUUUUGGGCAGACACAUCAGCACGACCUGAAGAGUGGAGGGUCUGACAUCGUGGUCACGAAUAAGAACAAGCAGGAGUACAUCUAUCUUGUAAUUCAGUGGCGAUUUGUGAACAGGAUCCGGAAACAGAUGGCAGCCUUUAAAGAGGGAUUCUUUGAGCUGAUUCCACAAGACCUCAUCAAGCUCUUUGAUGAAAAUGAGCUAGAGUUGCUGAUGUGCGGCUUGGGAGACGUGGAUGUGAACGACUGGCGGGAGCACACCAAGUACAAGAACGGCUACAGCGCCAGCCACGCCGUCGUCCAGUGGUUUUGGAAGGCCGUGCUGAUGAUGGAUUCCGAGAAACGCAUCCGGCUGCUUCAGUUUGUGACAGGCACGUCCCGGGUCCCCAUGAAUGGAUUUGCUGAAUUGUACGGCUCCAAUGGACCACAGCUGUUCACCAUCGAAUCCUGGGGCACUCCUGACAAGCUGCCCAGAGCUCAUACUUGUUUUAACCGCUUGGACUUGCCUUCCUAUGAAUCCUUUGAGGACUUGUGGGACAAGCUUCACCUGGCCAUUGAAAAUGCUCAGGGGUUUGAUGGAGUCGACUGAGCCCCUCCCAGAAGCAGCAGGCUGUCCUUCUGGUCUGUGCUGCGGUUUGACAGUUUACACACACACGCAAAUAUAUUCCAGGGAAUCUCUUGCUGUAUUUAUUUGGCAACUGAAUCGUUAUGGUAUUUUUUUAAAGUGUUAGUUUCAGUCUGCGUAACAGCAUUUUGCCAUUUCAAACUCUUGCCUUUUUUUUUUUUAGCUGGUGCAAAAUGAACACUGACAAGGUUGAACAUCGGCCUUGAAUUACCUCUUACAAUAUUUGCCUUCUAGGCACCCUGAACUACUGAAAAUGAAGCUGUGAAAAAGCAGAGCAAGUGGGCUGGAAGGGGCUCUUUUCUGGAAUGGCCAAGCAGUCGCCAGGCUGUCUUCUGGGGCUCUUUCGCCAGACUUUCCAAAGCACCUUAGCCUGUCUUUCCGAGAGAGACCUCCGCAUCUUUCCAUGGCUUAGUGGCCUUAGCAGUCAUGCCCGUUGCUGCUUCCCGCCAGCCAGCAGGGCUUGUGUGCUUCUCCCCGGCUGCAGGGCGGGAGGCCGCCUUCCUCUCCAGCUCCAAUUCUGAUGGGGUGGCCGAGUGCCCCCCCCGCCCCCCACCCGGCCUGGCACACUGCCUCUCCUCACGAGGGCGCUUGCACAGGAGAACUUUCUGCUGGAGCCUGCUCUAUGCUUUUAAUAGUUACAUUUCUAUUUCUAGUUUUUUAACUUUUGAGGUUAAAGGUAGCAUGAACCUGAAUGAGAUAUUUUAAAAUCUGUUUGAAUUUAUAUACUAGUGUAUUUUUUGGUAAAUCAUAUUUUGAUAAAUUGUCUAACAAGCUAUAUUUUCAGCUUUGCUUCCUCGCACUCAAAGCAGUCUUUGUUUUUGAACACCAGUGUUAAGUUGUAGCAAAAUGCCUCUUCAUAUUAAUUCUUGCAGUAUUGCUCCACAGAAACAGGGACGUUUACAGGGUUUUAUGGGCCAAAUUCAGCAAUCGGAUAUGUGCAAGACACUUUGCAGAAUGCACCCAGGGCAGAAUUUGGCCCUUAAAUUUGUUUACACGUUACAUUAAUUCCCCAAACUCCACCCCAGCUGCAUUUUUCUAUUUUGUUGUUUAGUCUAGAAACCAAAUAAAACACAUCAUAACCAAAGUCAGUCAAUAAUGUGCAAUUCGUUGAAAGCAAACAAUUCAUAUGAAUUCAGCACGACGCUUUCUGUACACUUGUUAAAGCGGGAAUGUGGCUGUUUUGAUGCUGGGGCUUGUCUUUGGUCGGUGCUCAGUGGAAGCAGCUUACGCGGCAGUCACGGCCUCUGGCUUGGGCUGUCACCCGCACCCUUCAUUAUGCACACCUCGGGGUCGGUUGCUCAUGCACCAGUCUUACUUCAGGGGAAGGCGCUUUUGUUGGAACCUGAAACCUGAAACCCGCUCAGGUGUGCGGAAAGGGAGUCCGGGCUGAGUGGGGCCCAAGAACUGAAGCCCUGGCAGCUUGCUGCCCCACCUUGAGGGAGCGCUUCUUGGGCAAAGGCACCCAGCUGGCCUAGCAGUGGGUCUUAACGGAGCUUCCAGAGCCUCUCCCGAGUCUUGCAAGCAAAGGCAGAUAACUGUUGAGCCUCAGUGCUGGGGCGGUUCAUUUGAAUUAUUUUGGAACUUGGAAUGAGCUGUCUGUAUAGAUUUGAAUGUAACUGCAGGCUAAUACAUGAAGAACCUGAAAGGGUGAAUAAAAUUUUAUUCUGAUAAAAA